AUGGAAUCUAAGGAUAUCACAAAUAUAGAGAGCAUAUUAGGCAUACGGAAGCGUGCCAGGGAUGUUGACCAUGCUGCACGCACAAAGAGGCGUAGCCUGGCUCGGGAUGCUCGUCGAGUGGAUUUAGAUGACAUUGUCAAGAAGCUACAGGUGCCCUCAAGAGAGGAAUUGCUGGUCCUGGCAGAACAACUGAAAAAACAGAAGGAGUUGGGGACCCUGCAAAGACUGAGGCUAGGCUUAGUCAGUGAUGAGAGUAUUUCUGCCUUUUUGGAUUGGAAUGGUGCCCUUUAUGCAGUGGUUGGUUGCUUGACAGGUCAAGAUGCCAGCCUGCAGAGAGAGGCAGCAUGUACUCUCAUCAACCUUGCCUUAGGAUCAGAAAAGCAGUGCUUGGACAUUUGCCAGAAAGCAGGAGUGUAUCUUGUGAUGCACAUUUCAAACAACAAUCCACAACUGCAGGAUCCAUGUGCUUGGUGUAUUGGCAAUCUGUGUGGGACUCAUAAGUCUGUAUGCCAGUUGCUGCAGAGGCAGGGGGCAGAGGAUGCAUUAGUGAAGCUGCUUGAAUCUUAUGUCCCCCACGUCACACAGUCUGCUGCAUAUGCCCUUAUGCAGUAUCUUACCACAAUGCCUGAGAGAAUAGAAGUAAUAGCAACUCCUUCAAUGGUCACAAGACUUAUUGAAGGUCUUGGUAAAGUGGAUGAAGGAAUAGAAGAUAUUGGCUGGUGUCUUUUCACUUUGUCAACUAGGAAAGAAGUUUGUUGUGUCCUGGUAGACAGUGGAAUUAUACAGGCAGCAUUCAACAAUCUUGAAAAAUUAACCAAUCAACAGAGUCUCAAUGUAUCAGCUGCCACUUCCCUUGUUCGGGUUGUACUUAACUGUGUGGGAGCUGUUCCUGGAGCUUCUGUUGAAGUGUAUCAUCGCAGCGAACAGCUGGUAUCUGUGACCAAGGCUUUACUCUACUCUCCUCAUCCACAUCUACGCACAGAAACUCUUCACAUGCUCUCCAAUGUUAUCAAUGCAGUAUCAGGAGACACCAAUUCAGGACAACCCAUCGUUAAUGACUUAAAUCUAAAGUCAAGUUUAGAGACUGCUGUGCGAAGUGCUCUUGCUGCUAGAUUUACUCCAGAUCCUCCCAAUACUUCCAGCUUCCACUGUAAUGCCUGAAAACAUUCAGUGAUAUUAGAUAUUCUGUGAUAAUGGCAUUCUGUUCUCAAAUUAAAAUUAACCAUGUAAGUUAUUUUAUUUUGGUCCUUUAUCAUUAUGCUAUUUUUAGAAGUUAUCUUUCUACUUAUUGGGAGUGCCCACUAAAAAAUAAAAUUAUGAUGUA